AAAAUCAAACCUGAGUUCUGUAACUUUAUUCUCCCCAAUUGUUGAAUCAGCUAUUUUCGACUACCAUUAAUUGAACCCACUAAUCGAUUACCAAUCGGCACCGAACCGGACGCAUUCAGUAUUCAGAAUUCAAGCAACACAACGCAACUGUUGUCAGCUUUCUUUCAACUUCACUUCCCUUCAGUUCUUGUUUAUUCAUCAAAAUGGUUGCACAUAAGAAGGGUGCACCUAGGGUUUCAGAGGACCCAGAUGAUUUGGCUCGUCAGCCGUUACAAGCCGUUCUCUUGGCGGACAGUUUCGCCACCAAGUUUCGACCCAUCACUCUCGAACGCCCCAAAGUGUUAUUGCCGUUGGUGAAUGUUCCCAUGAUAAAUUACACUUUGGCAUGGCUGGAAUCCGCUGGGGUUGAAGAGGUUUUUGUGUUUUGUUGUGCUCACUCCAGGCAAGUAAUUGAUUAUUUGGAAAGUUCUGAGUGGCUUUCACAGCCGAAUUUUUCAGUUACCACAAUUGAGUCACACAAUACUCCUAGUGCCGGUGAUGCUUUACGUUUGAUUUACGAACGCAAUGUGAUACAUGGAGAUUUUGUUCUAAUUAGUGGGGACACGGUGAGCAACAUGUCACUGACGCAGGCAUUGCAAGAACAUAAGGAGAGGAAGAAGAAAGAUAGUAAUGCUGUUAUGACAAUGAUUAUUAAACAGUCUAAAACUUCUUCGAUCACUCGUCAAUCCAGGCUCGGUACUGAUGAGCUCUUUAUGGCAAUAGAUCCUGGUACAAACCAACUUCUUUAUUACGAGGAUAAGGCAGAUCAUUCAAAAGGGACCAUAACUCUCGAUAAAAGUCUGCUAGCUGAUAAUCCUUCAAUUUCCGUGCACAAUGACAAGCAGGAUUGCUAUAUUGACAUAUGCUCUCCAGAAGUUCUGAGUCUUUUUACAGAUAAUUUUGAUUAUCAACAUCUUCGCCGCCAUUUUGUGAAGGGAUUGCUCCUUGAUGAUAUUAUGGGCUACAAAAUAUUCACUCAUGAAAUUCACUCAAGUUAUGCGGCUAGGAUUGAUAACUAUCGAAGCUAUGAUAUCAUAAGCAAGGACAUAAUUCAAAGGUGGACAUAUCCUUAUGUGCCUGAUGUAAAGUUCUGUGGCAAUCGUGCAACAAAACUUGAGAGACAAGGAAUGUAUCGAGCAUCGGAAAUAAUACAAUCACGUUCUGCACAAAUUGGUUCGUUUACUGUUAUUGGAUAUGGCACCAAAAUCGGGAGCAACACUAAAAUUUCUAAUUCAGUUAUUGGGGAAGGUUGUACUAUUGGAUCAAAUGUAUUAAUAGAAGGUUCCUAUGUUUGGGAUAAUGUCACAAUUGAGGAUAGCUGUGAGCUAAGGCAUGUGAUUGUAUGCGAUGGGGUGAUAUUGAAGGCAGGAGCAGUUCUGAAACCUGGUGCAGUUUUAUCUUUCAAGGUUGUAAUUGGACAACAAUUUGUAGUUCCUGCAUACUCAAAAGUGUCUUUACUUCAACAGCCAACUGUGGAAGAUAGUGACGAGGAACUUGAAUAUGCUGACAAUAGCAGUGCGAAUGCAGAACUUUCUUCAAUUCAAAGUACAGCCGAUAUGUUGAACGGGGACAUGGAAAAUGAAUCAUCCGAAGUGCAUAAAUCUGAGCUUGGUGUUGGUGGAGUUGGUUACAUUUGGUCAAUCUGUGAAGGAGGCCAUGAAGAGGAAUGGAGACAUUCAGUUGCCCCCAUUCCUGCAGAUAAACUAGCUGAGAUCACUCAAGCUGUAGAUGAUGAUCAGGAACUUCUAACUCAAGAUGGAACUGCUCUUUCACCUUCAGGAGAGUUGAUAUCUGACUCCAAUGCUUCUGGAGAUGAUAAUGAAGACAUUAAAGAUGAUUCUGCCGACUUUGAGAAAGAGGUUGAGGCAACAUUUUUGAGGGCUGUUCAUGAAAAUGUGAAAGUAGAACAUGUGAUCUUAGAAGUGAACUCACUUCGGCUGUCCUAUAAUAUGACAUCUGUAGACUGUGCUGGAGCACUAUUUUACUCAAUGAUGAAAUUGGCUGUAGAAACAUCACAUAACUCAGCUAACGAAUUGUAUCAGAAUACUGUUAAUGUAAUAUUGACUUGGCAGAAGCUUCUGAAGUCUUAUCUACCAGAUAUAGAUGAGGAGAUUGAAGUGAUCCUGAAAUUUGAAGAGAUCUGUCUGGAAUCUGCAAAGGAGUUCUCUCCAUUGUUUGCACGGAUUUUGCAUCUUCUGUAUGAUAAAGACAUUCUAGAAGAAGAUGCUAUUUUAAGGUGGGCUGCUGAAAAAGAAGGGGCAGAUGAGUCAGAUAAAAUUUUUGUUAAGCAAUCAGAGAAGUUUAUCCAAUGGUUGAGGGAGGCAUCUGAAGAAGAAGAUUGAGAAGAAGUGGUAGAUAUAUGCUUUGACGCAGAACUCGUCGGUCAUGAACGUCAAACAGAAUUAUUGGUUUCAGCAUGCUGCAUUUGUUGUCUAGGAAGAAGUUUUUGCUCAUGGUCGCAUUUAUUUUAUUCAGGGUAAAUGUACAUACAAUGUUUUGAAGAACGCUUUCAUCUGAGUGAAUUUACAGGAUUUAUUGUAGGAGAUAAAAACUGAUAUAGAAUAAGAAAAUAUAAUAAGUUUUGUUGCUAAUUUGAUUA